CAGAAGCGAGAGCGUGCUUUUCUUUCUUUUUUUUUAAUGCAUUUUUUGGGCAUUUCGAGACAAUUUCCCCUCUUUCUUUGAGUUGGGAACGUGUGGGAACAUGCGUUUUACGCGCGGGUGAAAAUCAAAUCUGCUAGUUCAAGUUCUUCGCUGCAGCAACUUUUCAGCGAUUUCAAGAUUUGUUUAGUUUGUUUGAGUUAAUCUUCAUAAAUAUAGUUUUUUUUAAAAAUGUCUCGCAAGAAGGCUGCCAAAGGCAAAGCCGCGACCAGCAGCCCGUCCUCAGGCAGCCCCACCGGGAGAGGGACCGGGAAAGCAGCUCGAAGCAGCCCGGGCAUUGUUCAGAUGAACGGUGUGGUCCAUCCCAGCAGACCCUCCGCCAGCAGCAGCGGAGAGUUUUAUGACAUCGCUUUCAAGGUGAUGCUGGUUGGAGACUCUGGUGUUGGGAAAACAUGUCUACUGGUCCGUUUUAAAGACGGAGCUUUCCUGGCUGGCAGCUUCAUCUCCACUGUGGGCAUUGACUUUAGGAAUAAAGUCCUGAACAUUGAUGGAGUCAAAGUGAAGCUCCAGAUCUGGGACACAGCUGGACAGGAGCGGUUCCGCAGUGUCACUCACGCCUACUAUCGUGACGCCCAUGCUUUGCUUCUGCUGUAUGACGUCACGAACAAAACAUCCUUUGACAACAUACAGGCAUGGCUGACUGAGAUCCAUGAGUACGCCCAACAGGAUGUGGUGCUCAUGCUGCUUGGAAACAAGGCUGACGCCACUCAUGAGAGGGUGGUGAAGAGAGAAGAUGGCGAGAGGCUUGCAAAGCAGUUUGGAGUUCCCUUCAUGGAGACCAGCGCCAGGUCAGGUCUCAAUGUGGAGCUGGCUUUCACUGCUGUGGCUAAGGAGCUGAAGCACCGGUCAACGAAGGAUCCCAGUGAGAAGUUUAAGCUCCAGGAGUACGUAAACAAGGAGAUGAAGAGCACAAGCUGCUGCAGGUCUUAGAGCCUGCCCU